CUUGGCGCCAACAAGGCUCCGCCCGGGACCUGAGCGUGUCCCCGCGGGGCGGUAGUGCGGUGGCCGCGGCCCUCGAGUGUCGCUGGCGUCAAANCCGAGCGCUCUCGCCUUUCCUGCUGCGUCGGUGGGAACCAACCUGGGAGGAGCGACUUUCUCGCCCGCCACCCGAGGGCCUGCUUGGGGACUGUGGGCCCCGCAGUGGCGGGGACUGGCUGACCUAACCGGAGCCUCCGCGGAAGAUGUGGCUUCGCGGGGAGGAUGGCGUGAGCUAGGGAGGAGAACCUUAGGGUUUUGUGACUUUCUCUAGGUCUGAGCGGCAGCGCUGAAGUAUGUGCGGGCGAACGUCUUGUCACCUGCCCAGAGACGUUCUCACCAGGGCCUGCGCCUAUCAGGAUCGGCAGGGCCGGCGGCGGCUCCCGCAGUGGAGGGACCCCGACAAGUACUGCCCCUCCUACAACAAGAGCCCGCAGUCCAGCAGCCCCGUGCUGCUCUCCAGACUGCACUUUGAGAAGGUUCCUCUGGGGAAAGGACGACGGUGUGUUGUUUUAGCAGAUGGAUUCUACGAGUGGCAGCGGUGUCAGGGAACAAACCAGAGGCAACCAUACUUCAUCUAUUUUCCUCAAAUCAAGACAGAGAAGUCAGGUGGGAACGAUGCUUCAGACAGCUCUGACAACAAGGAAAAGGUCUGGGACAACUGGAGGCUGCUGACAAUGGCAGGGAUCUUUGACUGCUGGGCACCGCCAGAGGGAGAGUGCCUGUAUUCCUACAGCAUCAUCACUGUGGAAUCCUGCAGAGGAUUGAGUGACAUCCACAGCAGGAUGCCUGCCAUACUAGAUGGAGAAGAAGCAGUCUCCAAAUGGCUUGACUUUGGUGAGGUCNCCACUCAGGAAGCGCUGAAGCUAAUCCACCCCAUAGACAACAUCACCUUCCANCCAGUUUCUCCAGUGGUGAACAAUUCCCGAAACAACACUCCUGAGUGUCUGGCUCCCGCUGACUUGCUGGUUAAGAAGGAGCCCAAGGCAAGUGGCAGCAGUCAAAGGAUGAUGCAGUGGCUGGCUACAAAGUCACCCAAAAAGGAAGUCCCUGACUCACCCAAAAAGGAUGCAUCAGGUCUACCCCAGUGGUCCAGCCAGUUUCUCCAGAAGAGCCCAUUGCCUGCUAAAAGAGGUGCUACCAGCAGCUUCCUGGAUCGAUGGCUGAAGCAGGAGAAGGAGGAUGAGCCCAUGGCCAAGAAGCCCAACAGCUAGUGACAGACACCUCCAUACCAGGCCUCAGCCUGAUACCGUAUUACUGUUGUCACCAGUUGACUGGAAUUGUAACCUUUUACUUGGGAAUGUGGUGGCCCAAUGUCAGCUGACCUUGAAGAACAAGGCUACCCUGGGACAGCCCUGUGGGCCCUGCCACCCCUCCUAUUUCUGCCGGAACCUGUCUCCCUGCUGGGAGCUUUCCUGUUCCCUGGUGUUCCACGAAGGAGGCUCUUCUCAGUCUCUGGGCUCUCCUUUAGANUUAAGGUCUUAAAAUGUAUUUUGUCCUAAAUAAACUGCGUUUGAUAAA